AUGUUGCUUGGUCAUAGAGGCUGGAAGUCGGAUAGCACGGCAGAAGGAUAUGUUGAAACAUCUGUCGAAAAUAAGAAAAUAAUUGCUACGAAAAUAACGGGUUCUUCAGUUACUCACAUCGAAAUUUAUUUAUCCAAAAAAAUCCCCUUCUACAUUAUCGGAUAUUCUUUUGGAACUGUAGUCGGUUUAGAAAUGAUCAGUUUGCUAGAAGAGAAGGGGUACAAUGGUAUCAUGAUUUUGAUCGACGGUUCACCAGCAUAUGUAACUUCUUCUUUAAAAACACAAUUCGCGCACGAAACAGAAACCCAGUUCCAAACUGCGAUUUUGACCAAAGUUUCUUCUUUUGUGAUUUCGUUUGAUGUAUUUACGCAAUAUGAGGAAGCGUUGCUGAAGUCCAAAGAUUUUGACGAACGAAUGGAUUUGUUUCUCAGUGUGAUACCUCCUGAAACAAGGAACAAACAAAAGUUAAAAAAGCAGGCAGGGGUUGCGGUGUACAACCGUCUUAAGGCUGCACUUAACUAUACGUUUAAAAAUAAGAAAAUUAAAUCGGCUGUACAUCUGUUCAAGGCAAAAUAUCCCAUGGUUGACGAAGAAGAUGGUUAUCAGUUAUCAAAAGUGUGUGAUAACAUAGCACAAGUUAUUACCAUCGAUGGCGACCACGUAUCAAUUUUAAAUAACCCAAAUCUUGUAAAAGCUGUUAGCAAAGUCGUACAGCUAAAAUCAUAA